AGUUUGCAAAUAAAAUACAGUUGGUGUGUGGUUUAGCAAACCCUUAUAAUUGACUUCUAAAAAGCCCCAAGCCUCCAUCUCCUUCGCUAAGCCUCUUGCUCUAGUGCCGCUUUUGCUUCCGCAACUCUGCUCCCUCUCGUCCGAUCCGAUGGCUCCGAAGAAGGAUAAAGCUCCUCCACCAUCCUCCAAGCCCGCCAAAUCUGGCGGUGGCAAGCAGAAGAAGAAGAAGUGGAGCAAGGGAAAGCAGAAGGAGAAGGUGAACAACAUGGUGCUUUUCGACCAGGCCACCUACGACAAGCUCCUCAGUGAGGCCCCUAAGUACAAGCUCAUCACUCCUUCUAUCCUUUCCGACCGUUUGAGGAUUAGUGGAUCACUAGCAAGGAAGGCAAUAAGGGAAUUGAUGGCAAGAGGUUCGAUCAGGAUGGUAGCUGCCCAUGCAAGCCAGCAGAUUUACACAAGGGCAACAAACACCUAGAUGUCCUAUUUUCCAUGCUCGUUUAAUUUUAAUUAGUAUAACUGAGAUCGACUGCUAUUAUCAUUUCCAUGUUAUAAAGUUUGUACUUUCAGUUAGAAUGCUGAUAUUAGCACUUUUUAUUAUCAUUUCCAUGUUAUAAAGUUUGUACUUUCAGUUAGAAUGCUGAUAUUAGUACUUUUUAUUAUCA